AUGGAAAUUCCGCGCAGCCUAGAGCGGCCAUGGACACCGCCAGAGAUCGAAGACCGCCCAUAUGCUCGCACUCGCCCAAGCCGUCUCAACCUAUAUGGAGAUUCACCCUCGCAGUAUUCUAGAAAAGAGCAGCGUUGGCCAAACGAUGCCGACCGUGUGCACGAACAACCCUCAUGGACCACCGAAACCUAUAGUCCAAGAACCCCGUUCACAACAUCACGGCCGAAACUCAGUUCCCGUCUUACCGAGCCGCUUCCGUAUACACCCAAAAAACAGUACCAUUUCGACGAGCCAUAUUCACAGCCAAGGGGCGUGCCACGCUACCCCUACACGCCUGAUAGCUCCCAAACAUUGCGUCGGCACACUGUUAUCCCUGCUUCUCCUCCACCAUGGGACGACUAUUCGGAUCCCGCUUUAUCGCCCGUUCAGGAUGCCUUGUCCGCCUGUAUUGCGCAGUUUGAGGAUUUGAUCCAGUCGCAGCAGCCAGAUGAAGAUCAGAUGGAAUAUAUUGUAGGGCAAUUUGAGGCCAUGGCCAUGCGUCUUUCGGCUCCAGAAUCGUACGAGAAAGAAUCAGGUACACAGUACCCUUCACAUUUCGACCAGGGAGCUGGUAUCAUGCACGCGGACGACGGCAAAGAUGAUCUUGCCGAAGCGAAAAGGCUGUACCACCAGUCAUAUGUUGCGGAAGUAGGAAACUAUGUCAACAGCGUACAAAAAUACGUCGACGAACUGCGGAAGCGCCUAGAUGAAGUCAAGACGCUAAACAGCAUCCAGCUAGACGUCAUCAACGAUUUGCGUAAACAGAUGAAGACCGUCCGUCAAAACAUGCGCGAGGGGCUCGAAAGAAAAAAACCUGGUGGCGGUGGUAAAAGUAGUGCCAAGGACAUGGGCCGCAAAGAUGAGUCCACACCCAGAAAAUUCGGCAUGAUGGACAGCUGGCAGACCCUCGUCAACGACGACGACGAUGAAAACAACCAAGACGUAUCCCAGGAUAUCCACAACGAAUACACCAAACUCGUCCGCAGCGCUGUAUACAACCUCACCGCAGAAGACAAUAACGAUCGCAAUGAUGAUGAUGCUGCUGCUUACCACACCCCUCGUCCUCCCCCUCCUGCUGCUGCUGCUGCCCGUCCUGUUAUCCGCCAGACCAAACGCCGUCUAAUUACCAUUGUACGCUCUCCCCCGAGACGCAGCUUCUGGGCUUCGAUUGGCGAGGCGCUAGAUGCAAUGUCCGAGUUGUUGCUUGAAGAAUGAAUUGAUUGAUUGAUUGAU